CUGGUAGAAAACGCAACAACAUCAUUCUACUAGUCGCGGAUGUUUUUUUUGGAAUUUUUGUAAAUUAAAAAGGUAUAAACAAGGUUUUUAAAAUUAAAGACAAAAAAUUUAGUUAUGGAGGAUUAUCAGCCAGCUUCUUUUACUGCAACACUUUCAGAUCCCCGUAAGGAUUUCAUCGGUCUUGUUGUUAUCGUCAUUGGUAGUUUGAUUAAUCUGCUUCAUGUUUAUCAAACUAAAGAAGGAUUAAAGACAAAAUAUCAUGUUUCAUUCGGUCCUCCAGGACGCAUAAAAUGGUCCCCCUUCUCGAUUAAUAGAGACAUUCCUUGUAAUGUAAGUCCGAAAGAAAUAAUCAUCAAAAUGGUUAUUACUUUCAUCCUUUCUCAAUUGACACUUCUCACUUUUGACUUGGCCAUAUUUGCUAUAACAAGCUUGGCACUAAUCAUCACCUGGAAGCUAUUUGAACAAUUAUGCAAAAACAAGGACGACGAUAAACGUCUUACUGAGCAAAGGGAAAAGUUGAAAGCACAAAAGACAAGGGAUCAGAGUAAGCCAGACAAUAAGAAAAAGCCUUCGGACUUAAAGAAGAGAAAGAAACAAAUCUAAAAACCCUCAACAUUUAGAUGUCCUACUAUAGUUUUACUUAAUGAUUUUUUGGUCUAUACCUACCAAACGUAAACCUCUAUGAAAGUAAAAGAUUUGGCAUUUGUAUUUACAUAAUAACUAAAAUAAUAAAAUGCAACACUUCUGCUU